CCCAAACAAGAAGGUCUGCUUAUUGCCGUGAUCGAUCUACCUAUCUUCAAGUUGCCUGAACGGACUCGUCACACUCAGUUGCUCGUUGCCAGCGCUCCCUGACGGAUCUACAAUCCAGGACCAGUGAUGAUAUCUUGUACGAAUGCGUCUCCCACCAACUGAACUAUCUGAGACCCAGAACCGUUGCGUCCCUCGCUUAGUGUUCUCGACCGGACACUCAAGUAUACUCCCAUGAUGACUUCCUUCCUAAACUCACUCAAGUUUCCCAGCAACCAAGGUGCAAACGACACCUUCUGUGAAGAAGAAAAGCUGCUACACGACUCGGACUCAAUCUCCCUGCGAAUCGCCCAAGAUAGAGCCUCUCACCUGGAAAUCAACAGCCUCCGGCGCCGUCUCCGUAAUCUUUGGCUCUUACUCGGAGGACUCAUAACACUUCAAGUCCUUCUCAUCUGCACACUCCUGCCCACCGGCAUCAUCAACCUCAGCCGCUGCAACACGAACCCAUCCUGCCAGUGGGCUUCCCGCAACUCCUCUGACCCAUCACCAGAAAACUUCCCCAACCGCUGCGGCAACUCUAUCGCCGAAGCCAAAUCCCUCAACUGCAGCUUCGACAUUUUAUCCAAAGCCUGGCUUCCCGCAGACUGCAGCCGUUUAGGCUCCGCGGAGUACCUGCGCGACUCGUGGGGCUGGAACCACACCGGCUGGGGCAUCUAUUCCGACCGCUUUCAGACCCGGGAGCUGACGAUGAACGAGCUGAUGGGCUAUGCCGACACGGGCGAGAAGUGGUACGGCACCGAGCGGGAGCAUCUCGUGCACUGUGCUUGGGGGCUGAAGAGGGUGCUGGACGGGUAUUACCAUGGGAAGAAGAUGGACUAUAUCAUCCAGCAGCUCCAUCACACCACGCAUUGUGUGGAUCGGCUUUAUAUGAGUGCUGUGAAGGCGCCGGAUUUGGAUGUCGUGUUGGGGAAGGGGAAUAUUCGGUUUGGGAUUUGCUAGGGUUGAAAACUUGAAUGUCGAAUGGGGUGGAUUGCUGAAGUUUGACUGGGUUCGAGCCAACAGCCAAGAACCAUUCAUGUUCAUAUCGACUCAACGCCUGGUAUCACGGCAUGUAAGGUGCUACUGUGUGAAGAUAGGAUCAUGAGUUUAGGUCGAAAUCCAGUUUUGAAGUAUCUAGCAGUCGCCUCCAGACGAUCGAGCCCGACCUCACAGGUCUGAAGAGGGCCGAUGCAGACUGCAGAAGUGCUACUUGGACAUAUGGUAGUGGUCCACUCCCUGUUU